AUGGAAGAUAAGAAUCAGACAGCAGUAACUGAACUUCUUUUCUUGGGCCUCACAGAUCAUCUUCCUGAGCAGAUUGUCCUCUAUAUCAUGCUUCUCCUUGUCUAUCUUGUCACACUGGGGGGUAACUUGGGGAUGAUCACUCUCAUAUGGAUUGAUCACAGCCUCCACACUCCUAUGUACUUUUUCCUUAGCCACUUGUCCUUUGUAGAUAUUUGUUCCUCCUCUUCCAUUGCCCCCAAGAUGCUGUGUGAUACCUUUGCGGAAAAAAAAGGAAUCUCUUUCAUGGGUUGUGCUGCACAGAUGUGGUCAUUUGGUCUCUUUAUUGCAACUGAGUGUUUGCUCCUUGCUUCCAUGGCAUAUGAUCGGUAUAUGGCCAUCUGUAAGCCUUUGUUGUAUACACUCCUUAUGAGGCAGAGGGUCUGUAUGCAGUUGGUGGUAGGACCUUAUGCCACAGGUCUGAUAAGCACAAUGACUCACACAACUCUCACUUUUUGCUUACCCUUCUGUGGUCCAAAUAUUAUCAAUCACUUCUUCUGUGACAUUUCACCACUUCUUUCCUUUGCAUGUGCAGACACCUGGAUUAAUAAGUUAGUGCUUCUUAUCUUGGCUGGAGCUAUAGGAGUACUCAGUGGCCUGAUCAUCAUGGUCUCCUAUGUUUUCAUCCUGGUGGCCGUCUUGAAGAUCCAGACAGCUGAUGGGAGGCAAAAAGCUUUCUGUACUUGUUCUUCUCACCUGACAGCUGUCUCCAUCCUAGGUGGGACUCUUUUCUUUAUCUAUGUUCGGCCUGGCUCAGGUUCCUCCCUUGAUAUCAAUAAACCUAUUUCUCUAUUUUAUACUGUGGUAAUCCCAAUGUUGAACCCCCUCAUCUAUAGCUUGAAGAACAAGGAAGUAAAAGAUGCCUUCAGGAGAAGGUUGAAAGGAAAAAUUCUCUAA